CCGCAAUGGUCACGUGAGGUGAAAUGUGUAUUUGUGAGCACUCAGUUUGUUAGAGUUAACGAAGAUCCAUUUCGGAUCGAAACGUUGUCAAUAUAGCGUUCAAGGCUUUCGAAAAUAUCACAGGAAAUAAAGGGUUAACAGCAAAUUGUGUCCAGUGGUUCGGACUGCGAUGUUCUGAAUCGAGCAGAUGACAGUGGUGGAGAGCGGCAGGAAAUACGCGCUCUUGUACAGAUGCCUCGCGGGAAUGAAAAUAAUUCGUCCAUUUACAGUAGUCAAUUCCGGAUGCCAGCCUGAAAAUUAAUUAAGUGUCUGGGUUACCUGGGAAAACAGUGCUGAGCAAACACAAGGAUGAUUACCACCACCACAGUUACAUGCAUGGAGAAGACAGUCCAGGCCAGGAACGGAACAAACACAUAAAUCCUAAUGCUUACUGAGAUAAGGUGCCGUAGUGUCCUGUCCUGAGGCUCAGUCAGCUGCUGAGGUUAAGCAUCAAUGAAUGCCACCUCAGGCCUUUGAUACGUCGAAAUUCCAUGAUCCAUCUCCUGUCGUCUGUGAGAGGCUGAAAUCAUUAGAUUACCCUGUGCCGCCGUGAGGCCAGGCAGUAGGGAAAAUUAUGAGUAAGAAUGACGGAGAAAAGUGAACUGUCACUCUUUAAAUCCCUCAGCCUGGAAACAUACUGGGAAAACCACCUUAGUUGUUCAUUCAAAGAAUUGGGACAUUUCUAUUUUCUCUCUCAUUUCAGCAUUUUAAAUGACAGUUUAAGUCACAGAGCCCUUUGGACUUUUCUGCUGCUGUGUUGAAGGAUGCCCUACUGGGAUCUGAGUUCAAGCCGGGGGUGUAAUUGAAAAGGCAAUGCAUUUGAGGCCAAGCCAUGUUCAUUGUAUUUUAGUUUACCCACCCCCUUAUCUCAGCUGUGAAGAGGGACGAUUCUCUUAUAAGUUACCCGAAACCACAGAGACAGUGGUGGGGAAAAAGGGUGGGAUAGAGUGAAAGGAGGAAAAGGAGGGGUGAGAGGAACAGUGAGCAGAGUGUGAGGUAGAGAACGUACACAAAACCCAGACACUGGGUGACUCCUGUAACCAAGGACGAAGGUAGCAACGCAUCACAACGCCACUCUCGCCCACUGGACAUUCUAAAGAAAGGAGAGGCGAACACUCAGACUCAGAUAGUCAGCAGUCUCCCAUUAUUCAGUCCUGAGCCCCUGGGGUUGGAGUGGCUGCCCUGGAGGGCUGAAGUCUUGACACAUCCAGAGUGGACUGCACGGAACACAAGCCUGAUGUGGGUGAAUUGAGUUCGAUCCUCGAUCCUCUUUCAGAGUUCAGCGAGGUCUGGACUGAGAGGGUUGUUCAGUUAGUGGGUGUCAAGGUGGAGCAGGAGGAGGCGUGGAGGAGUAACUCAAGGUAGUAAGGAGAAAGGUACAGACCAUGGGCAAAUCAAACAGCAAGCUCAAGCAGGAGGUGGUGGAGGAACUGACCAGGAAGACCUACUUUACAGAGAAAGAGGUGCAACAGUGGUACAAAGGCUUUAUAAAGGACUGUCCAAGUGGUCAGCUGGAUGCAGUGGGCUUUCAGAACAUCUACAAGCAGUUCUUCCCUUUUGGUGACCCCACCAAGUUUGCUUCUUUUGUCUUCAACGUCUUUGAUGAAAACAAGGAUGGACGCAUAGAGUUCUCUGAGUUCAUCCAGGCCCUGUCGGUGACCUCUCGGGGGACACUGGAUGAGAAGCUCAGAUGGGCUUUCAAAUUGUAUGAUCUUGAUAACGAUGGCUACAUCACACGAGACGAGAUGUUAAACAUCGUAGAUGCCAUAUAUCUGAUGGUGGGGAACACUGUAGAGUUACCAGAAGAAGAAAAUACACCUGAGAAGAGAGUGGACCGUAUUUUUGCCAUGAUGGACAAGAAUGCUGAUGGCAAGUUGACCCUGCAGGAGUUUCAAGAGGGUUCCAAGGCAGACCCCUCCAUUGUGCAGGCACUGUCACUGUACGAUGGGCUGGUAUAAGGCAUAAAGUGUUUGAUUCCCAAGUGAAUCUAACACAGUGCCAUCACACCUGCUAUGAGAAGAAGCAUCUACAAACAUCAACAUCCCUCCAUGCACCAUCCAGAAGGAGACGUGGGAGGGUGAGGAGGCGGGCACAGACUUGUGUAAUACUGUCCUCAAUUGCACAUAUUCAUCUCCACUAAGCAUUGAAAACAACUCGGAGCCCUCUGAUAUUACAACAUGUAAAAUAAAACAAGGGCAAGAGGGUAAGAGACACUGAACGUAACAUGCGAGGAAGGAAUUUGUUGAUGGUAUAUGUCUGUGGACUUCAUUCAAGAACUCAAACAAGGGAUGGACAGCACUGAAGACCAGCUUUAGAGAGAGUCUAAAGGUUGUUUUUCCCUGUGGUCUACACUGGAGGAUACCCCUUGAGGUGUGUGUGAACUGUGAACGGCGCUCAACAGAGCCAUAGUGGUGUGACGUGGCUACCUGAAAGACUACAGCGGGAGACAUCAACAGGCACUGAUUUGAGAGUGUGGAGAGAGAUCAACUUGUUUAUAUACCCAUGUACAUAUGAUAUAGUAUACACUGAGUGUACAAAACAUGAGGAACACUUUCCUAAUAUUGUGUUGCACCCCCUUUUGCCCUCAGAACAGCCUCAGUUCUGUUGAGUGUGAAAAACCCAGCAGUGUUGCAGUUCUUGACACACUCAAACCGGUGUGUCUGGCACCUACUACCAUAUCCUGUUCAAAGGCAAUUAAAAUGAAUGUCUCAAUUGUCUCAAGGCUUUAAAAUCCUUCUUUAACCUGUCUCCUCCCCUUCAUCUACACGGAUUUAUGGAAAAUGGAUUUAACAAGUGACAUCAAUAAGGGGUCAUAGCUUUUACCUGAAUUCACCUGGUCAGUCUAUGUCAUGGAAAGAGCGGGUGUUCCUAAUGUUUUGUACACUCAGUGUAAAUAGGUGUGUAACAUUUAAUAUUUGUUGCUUUGCUGCAUUUGUUGGAGUGCUGUUUAUUCACAUGAAAUGAAGCUUAAGACUUUUUAAAAAAUGGAAUACCUUUUUUUCAUUCUCCUUCAAAAGCAAACUGCUUCCUUCUGAGGAGAUUUCUUUUAUAUUUUUAUUUGAGGGGAAAGUGGGCAGGGAGUGGCUUUUGUAAGGAUUAAUUUAUUAUGUUUGUGGUAUGUGCCUCCUAUUGUGUUAGAUGUCUGUUCCCUUUCCCAUCAGCACUACCAUCAAGGCACUGUAAUGUUUAAAGCCACUUCUUGAAUGGCAUGACCAAGCAACACAGUGUAAUUCUUCACAGUUGACAUAUCCCAAUUGAGGCUCAUUAUUUCCUUUGAGCGCAUCUUACUCCACCUUGUGUAUACACAAGGCUUCGGCUAUUGAGAACAAACAGGCAUACAUUCUCGUUGUAAAGCUGUUUGCGGGCUGUGUGUUUGAGCCUGUCGUCUUUGUGUCUGUCCUGUGUGUUCAACAGAAAUCACAGAUCCCAGCAUGCGAUGAUGCUUUUUCCCCUCCAGUCUCGGUUAUUUCAGUCUGAACAUUAGGUAUUUGUCAGCUUCAUUGAUUUAGCCUUACUCAAGUGAGAAAGAUCAUUUCCCCCUGUGCUGUCAUUUACAUUUAAGAACACAGAGCACAGAAUAAAAAUCAUUUAAAAGUGGCUGCCUUU